GUUUUUUUAGAGAAACAUGGGAGAAGGUGGAAUCAUGAGAACAGCAGCAGCAAAGAUUGCGAGUUUCAGUUUUCGCGGAACUCCUUCAUUAGUACCUGCCUAGUAGGGUACUAGAAGGCCGUCGUGGGAAAUCGAUGAUUGGGAUUUCGCUGAUCAGGAAGAUGAAGCGGAAGUUUUGUUAUCGGAUUCCAUUCAAAAUAUGCCUAGUAGGGUUAUAUUUGGAGGCGUUCCGAGUCUAGAGGAAGCUGAAGAAGCAACUUCAGACCUUAAAGUUGCUCUUGAUGAUAUGACAUCAUCCUUUGAUUAUGAAGAGCAUGAGUCAGAAAUUUCAGAAUCUAAAGCAUGUGUUACUACCUCCAGUGAGGAUCCGAUUACUAUCCCUUCCGAGUCGGGACCUAUUUUGCAGGCGUUCUCAUUGCUUAAAGAAAGUCCUGCAGCUCAGAGUGUUGUUUCUUCACUUGCCUGUGACGAAAAUGUCUGGGAUGCUGUUAUGGGAAAUGAAAAGGUUAUGGAAUUCCUGAAAUUACAUCAGACUGAUGACGAAUACCAUGAGCAUAAAAAACCCUCGAUGUGCUUUGAAGACGUUAAACAGACUGAAGGUUUAGGAAACAUGUUUACCAAUACAGUAGAUACUUUCAAGCUUAAAGUAUUGGAGAUGAUGACCAGUCUAUCUACAUUGUUUCAAGAUCUGUUUGGAGGUCAAGCAUCAGGAAGCAACAUUCACUUAGAUGCCAAUGGGAAUGCAAGGGCAACCAUUGUAGACAGAAUCAAGGGAUCUUCAUUCAUGGCACUGGCAAUUAUAGUGAUUAUGGUAGUUAUCCUAAAGCGUAGAUAAAUAUUCUGACAUACAAAGCAUUCACUGUUCACAGAUAAUAGUUCUCGAAGAUGUUGCAAGUUAUAUGUGUGUCUGUAAUUAUUAUUCGUCCCUUUGAAACCUAAAUUUAGACGUUUUAUAA